CGACGACAGCUCGCCGAUUAUUUCGCGUUUUUCAAUCAGCACCGAUUGUCACUUUUUCAACAUCUUCCGCAGCCGACAGUGAAAUAACGCCAGCAAAAAUUGCCUUUUCGGUGUGUAUAGCGUCGCUAGUCAGCGUACACGUAAAAAUAGAUAGCGUUCGGUGGAUUUGCGGUCGCCAUCGACUAUUAUCGCUCGCCGGAAAGAAAACGCUAUGCGAAAAUAAUUCGCAAACCUCUCCCCUUCGCGUGUUCACUUUGACACAUUCGGGAAAAAAAAUCCGACCCGUUCUUCUGUUGUUGCUUAGUGGUCUACUGAUUCGGAGGAAAUUUUCGGUGGCACCGAAGGAGCUGUUAGUAGGAUUGCGUUUGAAAAGUAUAAGUUUUACUUGUUUGGUAAAUUCUUAUCGUAGUAAGGUAGAGAAUGGCAUCACCGCUGGAACACUACGUGAAUCAUGUCCGCACAAUGAGCAGUGCUGGAAAUUUCCGAGAAUUAGUUGAGUACUUGCUGGAAUCAACGGAGCUGCUGGCAAAAAACGGAAACAUUUUGGACAAUGUGUUAGAAACGCUUGAUAUUCAACAACACUCGCUCGGUGUGCUGUUCGUGCUGGUGAUCAAAUUUAGCGAACCGAUCAAUCACGACGAUACCGAGAAUGUGCUACGGGUUGUGAGAGAGUUUAUUACGCUUUGCAACGGGGAACAAGUCCGAUUCGCCACACAACCAUAUUUUGAGCUUUGCCACCAGUUCACUUCGGCCCUGGCAAAGAACAAGCAGUACACCAUUCAGGGAAUCCAGGUGCUAGCUUUGGCAGUAGAGAAAAUCCGACUUUUCGACACUCAACUUACCCCCGUCCAUGCCGAUCUGUGUCAGCUGUGUCUGUGCGCGAAGGUAUUCAGCCCGGCGUUACGAUUCCUGGACACGGAUGUCACGGCGAUUGCCAACACCGAGGACAGCAACCACGACACGAAGUACUUUCUGCUGUAUUACUACUACGGUGGAAUGUUGUACGCCACAGUCAAAAACUACGAACGGGCCCUGUACUUUUUCGAAGUAGCAGUCUCAACGCCGGCACUCGCCAUGUCACACAUUAUGCUGGAAUCGUACAAAAAGUACAUACUCGUUUCGCUAAUACUGCACGGGAAAGUAGUUCCCAUACCGAAAUAUUCCUCACAAGUCAUCUCGCGGUUUAUGAAACCGUUGAGUCACGCCUACCAUGACCUGUCCAGUGCGUACAACAGUUCCAACAGCGACGAGGUGCGGAUCGUGGUCAACAAGUACCGGGAUUCGUUUAUCCGGGACACGAAUAUGGGCCUGGUGAAGCAGGUUGUUUCGUCGUUGUACAAGAAAAACAUACAACGUCUGACGAAGACGUUCCUGACACUGUCGCUAGCCGAUGUGGCCAGUCGUGUGCAGCUAUCCGGACCGGCCGAGGCGGAAAAGUACAUCCUGAAUAUGAUAAAAUCAGGCGAAAUCUUUGCCUCCAUCAAUCAGAAGGACGGCAUGGUAGUGUUCAAAGACGAUCCGGAAAAGUACGACAGUCCGGACAUGUUCAACAAGGUACAGCACGAAAUCAGUCGCGUGAUGGACUUGAACAAGCAGAUUCUCAAAAUGGAAGAGGACAUUAUGCUCAAUCCAGUGUACAUUAAAAAAUCUAUGGGAAAUCAAGACGACGACAUCCUCGGCGGUCAGCAUUCAAAAUCGUUUUCUGGUGAUCCCACCGAAUAAUGUAACCAGCGGGUGGACUCGACCCAAUCGACUGACAACACCGGAAGCUAGCAGUAGUUGUGUAGCAAUAAAAAAAAUACAAAAGGAAUGUGAGAAUACUAAAUAAUACAAUAGCCGCCGGCGCCGCCGCAGUGGAGAAAACAAGGAAACAAGAAUGCGACUCUGACAGUCCUGCAGCAGACCUAGAAUUUACCAGCAGCAGUCAAGCAAACAAAAAAAACACUUACACACACACAACAAAUCACACACAGUAAACAAAAAAAAAACAUCGGCGUAGAUAAUUCCGAACAAAAACUAACAUUGUUGUUAAUGUGAUUCAAAGUUAUUGCGACAAGCUUGAAGCCCAGCCCCAGUUGAAUGACACAUUUACAACAAACAGAAUAUAGGCGAUAAUAGCAUGAAAGCAUAAUAGAAUCUGCACCGAUCUGUUCGGAAUCGAGCAAAACAGUCCCAUAAGAAGGAACAAAAAAAAACUUCACAUGGGACUAGUUUGCCUUCCGCACAGAGCCCCCGUACAACCUCACAAAUGGGUUCUGCAUCCGCGCGAAGAGAUGAGCUUCGAAGCGAAAAGUAAUACGAUAAACAAAAGCUUUGUUACAAAAUAAUUAAAACAAAAGAAGAAAAAAAACACGUGAGAAUAUUAAAUCCAGUUUUUUGUUUUAAAUUUCAAACGUCAACAGAGGAAUGAUUCAACUUACAAACAAACAUAUUGUAGGAGGAAACCCUUGACGGGUUUCAAACGAAACGUGCUGUUAAUUUGCUUGCUUUGAGGAACGAACGAAGGAAGAAACGUCAGUGACAGAGUGCGAGCGGGAAACUUGCAAAGGAUAACGCGUGUUUGUUGUGUUUAGAAAGAUAGAGAAGAAAUGUGUGGAAAACUGAGUGCAAGUAGCCAACGAAGGAGAUUUUGUGGAAGAAUUCUCUCAAUAAAAAUUAUUGCAGAAAUA